UGUCACGAAUGUUUUGCAACAGUAAGAUGACGUCACUUAACGACGUCAUUUGACAACGUCUCCUAGCAAUACCAGAAUGAGGGCUGGAAGAUAUUUACGAUGAGCGCUGCAAUUUGCCAUUAGCUGAAAUGUCCUCACAUAAGGUGAGAAUCAUAAAAAUUGAGCCCUCAGAUGGUACGGGAUCUUUACCCCCAGUAAGGGCAGAUACAAAGAAACUCAUGGAACAACAAAUUAUGCUGGCAAAUAAGAGAAGCCAAGUUUUUACUUACAAGGGACCAGGACAGACCCGAAGUCGUUCUGUACCUUCCGACAGAACAUUUAGAGAGGUCCAAUUUAAAUAUGCACGGGAACAGAGUAUACCUAGAAUUACAGAAGCAAAGUAUCGCGAUGAUUUUUCGGAUUCGAGCGACGAAGAGUUAGAAGAGGAAGUAGUAAAGUUAACGAAUGCACAAAAGAAGGAAACAGAACAACUGGCAGCAUUGGAAGACAAAGAGGAAACACAACGACAGGCAAUGGCUGUAUCAACCAAUAAUGGAGUAGAUGGUUCAAACAAGAUCACGAAAAACGAGGCGGAAAAUAAGGGAAAUGAGGAAAUUGAUAAAAAAGAUCAAUUGGUAAAAGAAGAAAAGAAAAACAUUGCAACCAAUUCCAAAGAAUCUGACCAAGGAAAUGAUAAGGACAAGAAGAAAAAGAAGAUGAAGCUUCCAAGUU